AUGUGCGAAGACACGGAUGACCCUCGCGCGUCCCCAGGCUCUGCUGAAGGGGAGCGACCGCUCGAGGUUGACCAAGAUAAUGCAGACGCCGACUCAACCAUUGACGAACGCAUAUCGUCGUACACGGCAACGUUGACCUCGAGCGUCCUCAAUUAUCCUGAGGAGCAUGGACGACGAUACCACGCUUAUCGACCGGGAUCUUACUUUGCCCCCAACGAUGAGGAUGAGAGCGACCGCCUUGACUUUACCCACGCGUUGAUUCGAAAGACUCUCGAUGAGGAGCUCUACCUGGCCCCGCUACAGAAGGAGAAGGUCCACAGGAUUCUCGACAUUGGGACCGGCACAGGGAUUUGUGAGGUCUCCUUUGCGCAGGUCUGGAGUCGUGCUAAUGGCAGCUAUACAGGGGCGAUUGAGAUGGGCGAUGAGUUCGAUCAUGCAGAGGUCAUCGGCAACGACUUGAGUGCGAUUCAGCCAGAGUGGACCCCGCCGAAUGUUAAAUUCGAGAUUGACGACGUCGAAAGCCCAUGGCUGCACCCUUCCAAGUUUGACUUCAUUUUCAGUCGGUACUUGGCUGGAUCAAUCGGCGAUUGGCCCAAGCUGGUGGGAAAUGUUUAUGACAACUUGAACCCCGGAGGAUGGGCCGAAUUUCAAGACUAUGACUUCCUGUUCAAGUCCGACGACGGCUCUUAUAAGGAAGAACACCACACCUGGCAAUGGAACAACCAGUUCAUCGACGCGACCGUGAGUAUAGGACGGGAAUCUCGCCCAGGGCCUAAACUCGAGCAAUGGGUCAGGGAUGCCGGAUUCGUAAACGUCCGCCAUUUCGUGCACAAGUGGCCGAUUGGCCCCUGGCCCAAGGACGCCUAUUACAAAGACAUUGGCAUGUGCAACCUCAUCCAGCUGCUAGAUGGGCUUGAAGCGUUUACCCUGCGCGUCUUUUGCGGCGUGCUCCAAUGGCCCGAGGCGAAGGUGCUCGUCAUGCUGGCCAAGGUGCGCGCAGAACUGAAAGCUGGCACCUUCCACUCCUAUGGCAACUUCCAUGUGGUAUACGGCCAGAAAGCGUAG